AUGGUGGAGAAACCAUCUAUUUACCGUUGGUACCUGAACUGCUUCUACACCUUGCCUCUUAUUGAUUUUCAGCCCAACAUGGAGGCCCCAAGCAAUGAAGCAAGGGAACCAGGAAAGUGUGAUGCUGUGACUAAAGCUGGUGUCCUUCCCAUGGUUCAGCCAGCCCCCAGCAACUACCAGUGCCCCGAAUGUGGGAAAAACUUUCGACGGAGCCCAAACUUGUUAACUCACCAGAGGAUCCACACGGGCGAGAGACCUUUCCAGUGCCCCAAGUGUGGGAGGAGCUUUGCUCAACAGUCGAGCCUGACCAUCCACCUGAGGAUCCACACGGGGGAGACGCCCUACCCCUGCCCCCAGUGCGGAAGGUGUUUCCGCCAGAGCUCAAACCUCCUUAAACACAGGCAGCUCCACGAAGGGGUGAGGCCUCACUUGUGCUCCGAAUGUGGUAAAUGCUUUGCUCAGCGCUCCAACCUGCUCACCCACCAACGGAUUCACACGGGGGAGAUGCCCUUCCUGUGUUCCGAAUGCGGGCAAACUUUCCGGCAGCACCGCAGUCUUCUUAGCCACCAGAGAUGUCACAAAGGGAACGUGUCCAAUGGACAUAAUUGCCCCGAGUGUGGGAAAAACUUCACGCAGAAUUCGGACCUGGUGAAACAUCUGAGAGUCCACACGGGGGAGAUGCCCUACACUUGCCUCUACUGCGGGAAGGCCUUUCGUUACGUCUCAAAUCUCAAUCGGCACAAACGAACCCACACGGGGGAAAAACCCCAUGCUUGCCGUCAAUGUGGUGAACGCUUCAGCCAUUUGUCCAGCCGGAAUAUGCACGAGAGAAUUCACACAGGCGAAAAGCCCUUUGGCUGUGCUGAGUGUGGGAAGGUGUUCAUUUCCAGCUCUAAGCUCGCUCAGCAUCUGAGGACCCAUGCCAAGCAGGCAUCCCACAUCUGCACUACGUGUGGGAAAAGCUUUGGCCACUAUCCAAGUCUCCUUAGACACCAGCAACUGCACAAGGCUUGGAGAUCUCACUUGAGAAAAAAAGGAGAUAAAAGAACAAACCGGCUUUGCUAG